AUGUUUGAGAUGAGGCAACCUGUGCUGUGGACACUCUGUGCAGCGUGCACAAAAGUAUGGGCUCUUCAAUUCCAGGAAGUCUUUGUAGCCACCAGACUCCAUGAAAGAUUCAAUGUGAUGGAAGCACUGGAGCCCCCAUGGUUCAGUUGCAGACAGCUUCCCCAUCUCCUUGCACCUCUUUAUGACCCUCAGUGUGCUCUGGCCUUAAAUGAUGGAGAGCUGAUGACUCUUGAGGAUGCAAUCUGGGUGACUGUCUAUGCCAUCACUGUGGAAACUCCACAGGGCGCUCUUCGGGCUGCCCGGGGAAAGAGUGUCACCCUUCCAUGCACCUACAGCACAUCUGUGCUCAACCGGGAGGGACUUAUCCAAUGGGAUAAACUUCUAAGGAGUCAUUCGGAAAGAGUGGUCAUCUGGAAGUUUUCUACCAAAUCCUACGUCUACGGGAGUCGUUAUGAGAACCGUGUCAAUAUAUCUGCCAACGCAGAGCAGUCGGAUGCAUCUAUCACCAUUGCCCAGCUGACCAUGGAUGACAAUGGCACUUAUGAGUGCUCUGUCUCGCUGAUGUCAGACCUGGAUGGCAUCUCCAGGGCACGAGUCUCCCUGCUGGUCCUUGUGCCACCCUCCCCACCAGACUGCAACAUCAAGGGAGAAACUGUGAUUGGGAACGAUAUCGAGCUGACUUGUCAGUCAGCAGAAGGCUCCCCAGCCCCUCAGUACAGCUGGAAGAGCUAUGACACCCAGAACCAGGAGCGACCAUUGGUCCCACCAGUCUCAGGCCAGACUCUCCUUCUGAAGAACCUUACCACAGCCAUGUCGGGCUACUACACCUGCACCUCCAGCAAUGAGGUGGGGAUGGAAUCCUGUGAGAUCACCGUGGCCGUCAGACCCCCCUCCAUGAAUGUGGCCCUGUAUGCGGGCAUUGCAGGAGGGGUGGUUGCAGCCCUCAUCAUCAUUGGCAUCAUCAUUUACUGCUGCUGCUUCCGGGAGAAGGAUGGGAAGACCGAGGCGAAGGAUGCAAAGAGGAAUCAGAUCGCUUACCAGCAGCCAUCAGAGCAACUGAGAGAGAUUUCCAGAAAAAGAGAAGAGGAAGAUGACUACAGACACGAAGAGCAGAGGAACUCUGGGCACGAAUCCCCUGACCCGAGCAUGACAGAAGCUUGCUGA